GUUCGGGAUGGAGACAAUGAAAUUAGAAGAAAUUGUGGUCGUUUGAAGAGUAUUACGCGAAUUUUUUCAGUUUAACAGACUUUGUUCAUUGUCAAAAAGACUGAAUAAUUAUCUAAAGUAACUGAUCAUGAGCGUUAUUAUAAGAUUACAAGGUCUUCCAUGGACAGCCAGCUCCUUAGAUAUCAGGAAUUUUUUCCAAGGACUAAGUAUUCCACCUGGAGGCGUACACAUAAUUGGUGGUAACAAGGGUGAAGCUUUCAUAGCCUUUUCAACGGAUGAGGAUGCUAGAAAAGCCAUGAUGUUCAACUUCAUGGCUCUUAAUGGAUGUGUAAUGCAGUUGUUCCUGAGCAGUAAGUCUGAAAUGCAGUGUGUUAUUGAACAAGCUAAGAAUGUUCCAGAUCCAGCUGAAGAUUUUCAAAAAAAAACAGUGGCUGCUCAAGCACCAAGACAAGACCCAAAUGAUUUUGGAAUGAGAGAUGAAUCCCAGUUUAGACAAGAGAACCUGUCUAAUUUUGAUAGAAAUGAAUAUGGGAAGCCAGAACCAUACCAACCGACAGGUAGAUAUGAAGAUCUUUCUGGUGAUGGAUCUUAUGGAAGAGGAAAUAUUUCAUAUGAAAACCAACAAUCUUAUGAUCCCCAUAUGGCUCAACAGCAAUCGCCUUUUCCAAAUCAAGGAAGAAACAGUUACCAAGAUCAAAGGAAUUUUCAAAAUGAGUACAUAAAUCAACCAAUGGAAGGACAAAUUUAUCCUGGAAAUCAAAAUUUUAAUCAGCGAAAUGACUAUAGAAAUUCUUCUAUGUCGCCUUCUAGAAAUGAUCAGUCAAAUCAACCAUUUCCCAAUAGCAAUAUACCACAACCCAAUCCGUUGAUUUAUGCUGAUCCACAAAGUCAACAGUAUCCCCAAGGGGAUGUAGAUCCUGGCUAUCCAAAGGCGGCUGACAUGAAGGACACUUAUCGUGAUCAAGACAGAGAACGUUCAAGUAAAGAGCGCUCCUCUAAAUCUGAGCGUUCUGACAGGAGUUAUUCUGACCGACGACAUGAAGAUAGAGAGAGAAGUAGUCGUGAUAAAGAUAGAGAAAGGGACAGAGAUAGGGACAGAGAGAGAAGUAGAGGAUCCAGAUCAGAAAGGUCUGACAGAUCAGAGAGAAGUAGAGGGAAUGACAGAUCAGAAAGAAGUGAUAGGUCAUCUAGAGAUAAAGAUGGUAGAUCAACACGUGACAGAUCUGAUGUUCGCAGGUCAAGAGAAAAGGACAGGUUUGAUAGUAAAGAUUUGAAAAGCAGCAGUUCAAAAGAAGGAACGUCAAAUAAGCCAGCAAAUAACCCCUUUGACAAUGUACCAGGAAACAGACCCGAAGAUAGAAAUAUACCUUUUAGAGGAAACCAAUUUGGUUCUCCAGGAUUAAUGAAUGAAAGAAAUUUACAGUCACCUGGUCAUCCAAACCAAAGAGAAAAUCCAAUGCCAGAUAUCCGAGGUAAUUUGGGACCAGUUGAUAGAUUUAGCCAGAAUAGAGAUUUGCCAGUCCCCUUUCCUGAUGACAGACGAGGGGAACAAAUGAAUCCAUUAUUCAGUAGAAUACCAGAGAGUAGUCCUGUGGGUGACAGGAGAUUUAAUGACCGUUUUCAAGGAUCAAAUCAAGGAAGCCCAGGUAUUAUAGAUAGAGAUCCAGAUUACAGACAAAAGCAGGGUGCAGCAUCAAGUAAUGUGCCUUUUGAAGAUCAGUCCUGGAAGAGGAUGCCAAGUGAUGCAGAUUUUCGAUCCUCAAAUGAGAGGGGAAUGAGAGGAGAUUUUGAUUCAAGGAAUCAACCCGUAAAGGAUAGUUUUCCUGGUGAUGUCAACAGGCAACCAUCAAAUGGGAGUGGAAGAACAUCAGUUUUUGAACAGAUGCCACCAAGUAAUUCUAAAGGACUGUUAGGAGAUGCUCCACCAGGUCUUGUCCAAGGUGGUCCAGGAGAAAUGCAUGGCCCUGGACCAUUCGGUGAUACUAUUGCUAGUUCACAAAGACCUGUGCCUCCAUUCCCAGGGAGUGAUUUAGAGAGCUUCAGAAAUGAUCCAGGAUUUCCUAGAGAUACCACUAGUUAUGAGAGAAAUACUACUGGAUUUAACAGAAAUGGCCCUAAUUUCAAUCUGGAUGGUCAGAGACCUAACAGGGAUGGUUCGGGUUUUACACCUGAUUUAUCUGAUGGUAGUCGCACUGCUUUAGGCUUUAAUCGAGACCCCCCCAAUAGAAGUGGUUCGGUGUUAAACAGAGAUGGACCUGGAUUCAACAGAGAUGGACCUGGAUUCACCAGAGAUGGACCUGGAUUCAACCGGGAUGGACCUGGAUUCAACAGGGAUGGACCUGGUUUCAACAGGGAUGGACCUGGUUUCAACAGAGAUGGACCUGGUUUCAACAGGGAUGGACCUGGUUUCAACAGGGAUGGACCUGGUUUCAACAGGGAUGGACCCGGAUUUAAAAGGGAUGGACCUGGCUUAAUCAGGGAGGGUCCUGGAUUCAACAGGGAUAGACCUGGAUUCAACAGGGAUGGACCUGGAUUCAACAGGGAUGGACCUGGAUUCAACACAGAUGGACCUGGGUUAAACACAGAUGGACCUGGAUUUAAUAGAAAUGGCCGAGGCAUGAACAGAGAUAGUCUAAUUAUUAACAAAGAUAUCCCAGGCAUUAAUAGAGACGGUUCAAAUUUUAACAGGGGUGGUCGUGGAAUUAACAGAGAAGAUCAGAGUUUUGGCAGAAGUGGUCCAGCUUUGAGAGAAGACCCAGUCAUCAACAGAGAUGGAAAAAGGUUGACAAGAGAUAGAAUUGGCUUUAGCAGAGAAGAUCCUGGUUUAAAUCGAGAAGGGUCAGGGUUUGGAAGAGAUGAACCUGUGUAUAUUAGAGAAAACACAAGAUUUAGUCAUGGAGAAACUAUUGGACCUGUACCAAAAAGAGAAGCUGCUCCAUCAUUGGCUGUGCUCCCAAACAAGGAUGGAUUGGGGCUAAUGGGACCUGCACCAUUACCUUUAAUGGUGGACAGGGAUAAUCGAGGUAAAUCAAGAGACAUAGAUGACGGUAGUAGAGGUCCAGAACUACACCCGAGUAGACCAGAUAUUGGUCGGAGAGAAAAUGACAUGACUGGUGAUAAUCGAUUUCCAAAACGAAAUGAUCCAUUUGUAGGUGAGGAAAAGGUUUAUGCUCAAUUAAAAAAUCUGCCAUAUACUGCACAAUACAGAGAUAUACGUAAUCAUUUUGAAGGUUGUGAGAUUGAAUAUGAUGGAAUAAAAUUGGUGGUUGAUGAGAGAGGUAUGCGCACUGGAAUUGCUUUUGUUAGAUUUAAAACUGAGCGAGAUUUACAGCAAGCUCUUAUGAAAUUCGGUAACUUGAUGGAAAACAGGAAAAUUAUCAUAAUGAAAUGCACAAAAUAUGAAUAUGAUAUGGCUACAUCUGCUGAUGUUAGUGUCCCAGCAUCCAAAAGACCAAGACCAGAUGAAACAAAACAAAGAUUUUUGGUGUAUGUUAAAGGACUUCCUGGUAAUAUAGUUAAGGGUGACCUUUGGAAUUUCUUUGGUAAUAGCAGAAUUGCUGACAGUGGCAAUGCUAUUUUUUUUGACUAUGAUCAAUUUGGAGCAAUGCUGGGAUUAGCCUUUGUGGAGCUGGAAAGUGGUUUAGACAUGCAAAAUGCUCUUCAGAUGAACAAGCGCUUGAUGGGUUCAAGACCUAUUGAAGUUGGUAGGAGUCAUCCAGAUGAACUAGCUGCAAUGUUGGAAGCGCAUAAGCGUAUGAAAGAGAAGACAAAUGUACCAGUUAUCAGAACUGAAGAACAUAUUAGACCAAAUAGACCUGAAAGAUCAGACAGAUUAGAAAGACCAGAUAGGCCAGAUAGAUUGGAAAGACCAGAUAGAUUAGAGAGAACAGAUAGACAAGACAGGCCAGAUAGACAACCAGAUAGACAAGAUAGGCCAGAUAGGCCAGAUAGGCAGGAUAGAUCAGAUCGAAACAGAAAGCCUUCUUCUGAGAAUGCCUCACAAAAUAAAGAAUCUAAAUCUGAUAGCAAACCCAAAACUGAAAGUAUUAAAUCCACCUGUGUAUCAUUUAAAGGUUUAUCAAGCAGUGUAAAAGAAAAUGAUAUCAUUGAUUUCUUUAAGGGGAUUAAAUUUGUUGAAGGAAGUAUUAGAUUUAUCAAGGAUAGUAAAGGGAACAAUACUGGAGGAGGUUUCAUGGAGUUCUCAAGCUCAGAUGAUUGUAGAGAUGCCAUGAAAAAAAAUAAUGGAAAAGUUCGCAAUAACACCAUUCAAAUGGAACCAAUCACUAAAUCUGUGUAUGAUGAAAAGGUUGGACAGUUGAAAAAAUCAGAAGAUAAUGAAGAGGUUAAAAAAGACAACUCCACCUCAAAAUCAAUACCUGCUGGAGUUCUAAGACAACAUUGGUUUUACUUGCGUUGUAAAAACUUUCCAGAAACUGUGACUAUUGGGGAGAUGUUGAAAUUCUUCAACGGGUAUGACCCAAUACCUGAAUCUAUCCGUUUACAUUAUUCAUCAGAUGGCAAACCUACUGGAAAUGCUGUUAUAGGUUUCCCAACAAAGGAAAUGUCUGAAAAAGCUCUUAAGGCACUGAAUAGUCAAAUGUGCAGAAACAACAAGGUUGAAAUUUUCUUAGCGUAGAGUAUAGUGAUCAAAGUGUGCUGUGCAUAAAGAUUUUCCCACCUGACACAAUUGAAACUGUAAAUUCUAAUAAGAGAAAGUGAUUUACCAUCUGUAGAGUGUUGACAAUCACUUGCUGUGACCUAUUAAAUGGAUUGAGCCUUAAUGUGCUGUGCAAUAUAACUUUGUAAAAGUAUUGUGUUUGAAACCAUGUGAGAACUUGAUUGCGUUUUAACAAUCAAAGUUUACAUGAAUCGGAGGUCAUAUUCUUUACAGGAUUAAACUGUAUGCACCGGUAGUGAUAUUUUUUAAAGUUAAUUCAAACAGAAUUGUCUGUUUACUACUAACAUAACGUUAUUAUGAUGAACUUUCAUUCACCUAGUAUAGACAAUCAGUUAUUCUGUAAUACUACAUCCAAAAAUGUUUUAAGAAAUAUGUUGAGUCAUCCCCAUCAUUGCCCUGGUUAACUUAAAUCUUUGCCAAACAUGUUUUGCAUUCUUACUGGAAUGAGUUUGUAGCACAAAAUGCUGAAACUGUUGUUAAAUUUAUUUGAUAGUUGCAUAUGUGUAUAAUUAACUUAUGCUUUACUAUAAUGCUAAAACUUGAAAUCACAAAUUAAUCAGGCGGUCACUGGGUAGUUGGUGUGGACUGGUUAUUGAAACAAAGGGAAUUAAAUGGUAGUUAUUUUUAAAAUGGUGAAACAUUAUUUGACCUAAAUGAGAUUAUCAGAAAUGUUUUGUUAAUAUAUUUUUGGUUAAAUCUACCGAUUUGUAACAUUCUGAUAUCUUUAAAAAUAAAGUAAGUACAUGUACCAAUUCUUGAAAAACUUUUUUUAAAUUGAUUGAAAAAAUAAAAUGUUUUCUUUGAUGUCUAAAAUAUGUCUAUGAUGUCACUUCCUUUAAACAUUUUUAAACUUUUAGAUAUUCAUUGGGCUUUUGAUUUAAAUUACUGUAGAGUACAUGUAUUUGUGUAGAAUAUGUACUUUUUCCUAAAAAAAAUUAUAAUAGAAAAACUAUUAAUAAUAAUAAUUAUAAAUGAAUAAUAAAGUGCUACAAUAUUGCAUCAUUUUAAUAAGUGUAGUAAAUUAAAGUGUGUACAUUAAAUGUUUUAUUUUCGUUUGUUCAACUUUUUAUCUCUUGUAUAGAAGUCUGUAGAUACAUGUAUAUAAUAUAUAAAUUAAAGGUUGCACUUUGUAAAUAACAAACCUUUUAACCCAUUUAAUAUAUCACUAAAGGCAUUUAUUGCUUAUAUUCAAGAUUGAAUCAAAAUGAUAUUUGGUUAAUUUAUGUUAUAAAAUGUUGUUUUUGAAGGGUGUAAGAAAAUAAAUCAUUUAUUGUAUUAAAGAGACACAAGGCGAUUGUAGAAGAUCAAUUCCAUUUGGCUAAAAUAUGUUUUAAAUCUGUCCCUAGGUAGAGGUUAAGUGGGUAAGAUGCUGGCUCGCUAGCCUUGAGGUCGCAUGUUCAAUCCCUGCAUUGGCCGAGAAAGUUCAUCUGGAUGUUCGGAUGUGGUUUCCUCCUUGUCAGUGAUGCAGGAUGGAGGGCCUGACAAGGACAACUGUCUAGUAUUUUGGAUGGAACGAAAAACCAAGGCCCUGUGUAUACAUUGACGUGCACGUAUAGAGAUCCCUUGGCAGUUGGGAUUUGAUAUAAGAGUAGGCCAUAGUGCCGCUGCCUGGGCAAAAUUUCCCUCAUAGCACACUGUAUGGUGUAUGCCCGUCUUCAUUAGCCCAGUGAAAGCAGAACAGUAAGACGAUAAACCCCAUUUCAUUUCACUGUCCCUAGGUUUCUAAUGGCAGCCUGUGAAAAUUUGAAAUCAGUAAAUUAGAGAGAGAGAGAGAGAGAGAGAAAUGGGGUUUAACGUCCACUCGACACAAACUAGGUCAUUUCGGGACUAACAUAUGGUUUUAAUUUUAUUUCUAAUUCGCUUGCGCAUAGGGGUCUUUAGCAGUGGGAGGAAACCGGAAGACCCGGAGAAAACCCACGAGGUUGGACAGGCGACCCUACUCCUUGUCACGUACAACCGGGGAUUCGAAACCACGCCAGUCAACUCAAUGACAGAGUUUAUGAUACAGUGCGCGCACGCUAACCAUUCAGCCAUCCAACCCCCCAUGAGUAAAUUAAUUAAUGACCAAGAUAUCCACAUCUAAAUUACUACUUCAAAAUAAGGCUUCUAGUGUAAAAGACAAAACAUGUUCUUGCUACCCCGCCCCCCUCCCUCCCUAGUCAAAAUCUUAGGGCAUAGGCAUAAACUGUUCCUUUGCAGCACUUUUUUUUUGUGCAAAAAUUAGAAUUAUGUUCUUUUGAUUAUCCAUACCAGUAUAUUUAAGAUUUAAGGCGGAGGCAGCAACUCUUAUCACUUCAUGGUUCUUUAAAACAGAUACGACUUACUACAUGUACAUGAUAAUAAUGUGUUUUGAUUUGUUGUAAAGGGUAUGACUUAUUGUAUUUAAUACAUGUUAUUUUUUCAAACCAACAUCAGACAGUACAUCACCAACCAUUUUUUGUGUAAUUCCUCAUUAAAGAAGAAGGUUUGAGGUUGAUAUUGAUAUUAUUAUUAUUGAAGAGAGAGUUUAGGAGAUAUAAAAUAUUGCAACAUACUAUAGAUUGAAUUUCUGAGAUUUAUAGCAUUUUUCAUAUUAUUUAGGAAAAGAAAAUUGUCUGACCAAAAAAGGUUACCGGUGUAUAAUUAAUCAUCAUUGUAUAAAUACACCUAUGUCAUAUUUAUAUACGAAAAACUUUCUAGAUAAUUUGUUUCUCAUGAGUCGACAUUAUAUUGUAAUUGUUCCAUACAUGUUCCCCCCUCCAUCACCAUUCUAGAUUAAUUUAGGAUCAUUGUUAUAUACUAUCUGUAAUGUGUUAGAAAUACAACCAUUCAUACUUGACAAAUAAUAUUAAAGUUUGUUAUUACCUUC